AUGUGGAAACUUACCGAAGGUUUUGAGAUCAUGGACGUUGACAAUGGUUUCUUUAUAGUUAAGUGUGAAAUGCUCGCAAAUAGGGAGAAAAUUGUGCCAGAAGACGCACGUCAGCCAACACGCAGAGGGGGCCCACUUGCUAAGGCCAACUUUACAAUUAGUGGGUCUUCUCACAAAACUGAACCAACUUUUAAUUCACGCCUAACAGAAAAGGAUGUGCCUAGCAUUUCCAUAGUAAACUUUGUUUUGGAGACCAUCGCACGAUACAACAUUCCACAUUUUGAACCAACAGUAAGUCAGGAAGAUGGAAAUAACCAAUGCACUAUAGAUGAAGGUUUCAAAGAAGUCAUUGUGCUUUCCUGGAAUAUCCCAAGAGCCUCUAAUAAUAAGGCUAAUAGAUACAUGCUGAACUUUAUUAGAAAAUAUUCUUUAAUGUUGUUAACCAUUAAGGAAACACACAUUGAUUUUCAUAAGACCAAGUCCUUCUGGGACAUAGCUGGAUAUACUGGGGUAGAGAAAUUAGCGGGGCAGGUUCUCUAUGUGGAUAUCCACGAUAUGGAAAUGUCUUGGUCAGUUAACCUGGAAAGACAAUUUAUAUCUAUCUUUAUUCCCCGAGAUGGUUAUAUAUGGCUCAACAGACUUGAAUUUGUUCAGAAUACAACAAACAAUAACCAUUGGAAAUGGGUGUGGCAUAUUCCUGCUCUUGAGAAGGAGGUGAAUGCUUGUGUUGACUACGUAGCAACACAUGGAGUUGAUAAUGAUGCAGUGUAUCGGUCUUUUGUGGAGUCUCCUGUUGGAAUCAUCAUGCUUUUGCUAGCUUAUGCUAGUGAGAUGUUAUUUUCUAGAUAA